AUGCCCACAAGCACACCUCUAGGAGAGUUUCCUCUCAACACUUGUAUCAAGUCGCCUGUCGGUCGGCGUGCUGGUCGGCCCCGCAGUGUGUCUGAAUCUGGUCAUAGUCAGUCAUCGGGGUCAGAUGUGUCUGCCAGGCUAGCCCUUCUGGCCACACCUGGGAGAACAGCCAGCAACAAUCUGCACGAUGCCCAAACUGGGUCUGGGGAUGAGGAUGAUGUGGGUGAGGCCAGGAAGCCCCGUCCUCCUCCCCUGCCUGACAUCAUGCAUGACUGGGAGAUCAUUGUCAAGUCUCUGAAGGCAAAUGAGCGCAGAGAGAAACAGGAAGUGAGCAAGGAAUCUUCAACAAGUGGGAAACCAAGUCUGCGAGGAAAAGGCCUGGACUUCUCGGGUGAACAGAGGGUUCUUCCUGCUGAAGCCUCAAAGCCUUCCAACAGUACAUUUGAAGCUGACAGUGACAAGGAAAAUUCCAGACUGACUGAGAAACCAGCGGCAUCAUGUCCUGACAGUACUGAAGACAACAAUGACAAUCAGAUACAGCCUCCAGUUCCUGCUGCAUCACCAGGGGAAAUGAGUGACAGUAGUAGUGAACAAAACUCACAAACAACUGAUUUAUUGGGGAAUUUAAAUAGUGAUGUUGAAAAGCAAAAAGUGGGUAAUAUUAAUAUUGUCAAUAAGAAAUCUACCAAGUCCUCAGCAGACAGAAGAACAGAGGGGGAAUCGGAUGAGUGUGAUGAAGAAAAAAGUAAAAGUGGUGAAAGAACUCCAAGAAAAGGUGAGGACAGGUUGAAAAGGGGAGGUAAACAAAACACUCCAAAAAUAUCCAUGGGUCGAGGGAAUACCGUGGACAGUGUUUCACCCAGUGAUUCAGAGGGCCGAAGCCAGGGCAGUUACCCAGUGCGGAGACUAUCAAAGUCUUUUCACCAGGAGGAAGUGUCUGCAAGUCCUGUAGGAAAAAGGAAGACCAGUGUAGAUGGAUCCAAAGAGGAUAUUUGUGUAAAGAAUACUGAAGAAUCUACUAAGUCCAUUACUAAUGAUAGUAGAAGGACAAGUAGUGAUAGUGUAGUUAGUAAUAUGACUGAAGAUGAUAGAAGUGAUAAGAAAGGUGCAGUUGAAAAUAAUACAACAUUUAAGCCAGUGAAUUGGUAG